UAGUUGUUUAGUGAAUGGUUUAUUUGGAUUGGUUGAUUUGUAUUUCCCUGUUGCUUUCACUUAGCUAUACACCCGCACAAUUGUGGAUCACCGGAGUUAAUAAAUACUUUAUGUCAAUAUUUUUGUUGAAAAUUCAUGUUUGUUUGUCGCUUUAAAUAAUUUAACAUCAAAUAUCAAUUUAAAAAUGAACAAUCUACAUGAACUAACCUUAAAAAGUCCUGUCAGGAGUCCAAAAUUGAAUAGAACUGCGCUUAAAAAGAUACAAAGUUCACCUCAGCUAAAAAAUAUUCUUCGACAGAAAUGGCAGCAACGAUUGAAAGAAAAACGGAACACAUCAUUCAAUUGGCGAAGAUUUGGUCCUCACAAAGAAAAAGAUUUGAUUGACGAAUCGUUAACAACUGAAAUGUAUGAAUUAAUGGAUGAAACACUUUCUACAGACUUUGGUAUUGAAGUGGAUUCAGAUGCAGAUUGGGAAGAUUGGUUUCAAAAACAAUGUGCUGAAGAAGAAGAACAAUUGAUGAUGUUGGAAUAUGAGGAUAUUCAAACAUUUGAAGGAUUUAUUGAUUCAUUUAUAGCUGCAAGCUAUGGAGAUUCAGAUUUCGUUGAAGUCAUAUGUCCUAUGUGCCAAAAAAAUACAAUGACUGAAGAAGAUGGAAAAAUUGGUUGUUCAAAUUGUAAUUUUGUUUUACCAGCGAAAAUGUCACUGGAAGAUUUUUCAAAUAGUAUCAACUCCAAAUCAGCAAUGCAUAGUGCAUGCUGUACUAGUUGUCCUACAUUUAUUACAACACCUGAAAAUGAUACAAUAUCUCUAUAUUUAACAUGUGAUAUUUGUUCAUGUUGUUUAUUAAUUAUGUGAGAGUUAAUCAAAGAAAGAAUUAACUAUUCAUUAUCUAAUUGAACAAGUAUAUGGACUGUUAACAAUUAUAAUUGUAA